AACCUGACUCCUCCUGGCCCUUUUACUCCUCCUUAUUUCCUCUCUCUUUCUCUUUGAUUCUGUUCUGUUUUCACUCUCUACAACUUCAAUGGCAGACCCCUCGAUGUACAACUUCUUCAACCAGCCUUCUUCAGCUUCCAAAUCCACCAAGAAACACCCCCCAAUAGCUACCCCAUCUGCUCCUCCAAGGCUUUUCCAAUGCCUUUACUGUCCAAGGAAAUUCUUCACUUCUCAAGCUCUUGGUGGCCACCAAAAUGCUCAUAAGCGUGAAAGAGCCACAGCUCGAAGGAAGUUCCAUAGUGAUCAUGAUCAAACCCAACAAUACAAUCUCCACCAACAGAUUAGCCCUUUUUCCAGUUUCCCUACUGAGCCUCCUAUGCACCACCCUGGUGCACAUCUUGAGCAGUGGCUCGAGCCCUUCCAACCUCACCUUCCCCCUUCUGGCUUCGUUCCUCAUCAGGGUUUCACUGCUGUUUCUUCUCCUGAUCAGACUGUCUCUCCAACCACUGAUGUUGAUGACUCCACAAAUGUCGACCUCACUCUUCGUUUAUAA